GCACGUUGGGAGCCGGUUUUGCGGUGGCUUUUCCUAGGCUGCCUCCUGAUCAUGUCUUCCAAGAAGAACAGAAAACGGCUGAACCGAAGCGCAGAGAAUGGUUCAACCUCGCCCUCUUCUGCUUCCUCUCCUUCGGGGCCCUCUGCUCCUUCUGCUGGGCCAGGCACGGCGGCAGCGGCCGGGAUUCUGGUGGUGACCAACUUCUUAGAAAAGGAUGACAAAGUUCCUAAAACAUUCCAGAAUUCCCUUGUUCAACUUGGACUCAACACUAUGAAAUCUGCAAAUAUAUGUAUAGGUCGACCAGUGUUGCUUACCAGUUUGGAUGGAAAACAAGAGGUCUAUACGGCCUGGCCUGUGGCAGGAUUUCCUGGAGGUAAGGUUGGCCUGAGUGAAAUGGCACAGAAGAAUGUGGGCGUGAAGGUUGGUGAUGCCAUCCAAGUCCAGCCAUUGUUGGGUGCUGUGCUACAGGCUGAGGAAAUGGACCUGGCACUCAGUAUUUGGAGAACAAGGCUUAUAUUUGGACCAGAUGGGUCUGCUAAUAUACCUCUUCCUGAGCUAAACUAUUGCUUCUCCACUGAUCUCUGGCAGAGCUCUCAACUGUGGGCCUCCUCUGCUGGUAUGAGCUACUUGCAUGUGGGGAGGAAGGAAAAAUGCACAUGUUCUGAGAACUCUCCAAGGACGUGUCUCUUUACAAGUGUAAUGAUUUUUAGAUAUACCUACUUCCUGUACUCAAGCAACCUUCUAGGAAGACAGUCAUUAGUAGAAGAAGGGGUUCUCAUUUUUCCUUUUCUGGAGAAAGGUCCUUUCUCCAGAAUUAAAUUCCAUUUACUAUUACUCUCCUUUUUUCUUAUUUCUACUUUUUCAGCAUCAAUUAUUUUUAUUGAUGAGCUGGAUGCACUUUGUCCUAAGAGAGAAGGGGCUCAGAAUGAAGUGGAAAAGAGAGUGGUAGCGUCACUCUUAACACUGAUGGAUGGUAUUGGUUCAGAAGGAAGUGAAGGACAGGUGUUGGUCCUUGGGGCCACAAAUCGCCCUCAUGCCUUAGAUGCUGCACUUCGAAGACCUGGACGAUUUGAUAAAGAGAUUGAGAUUGGAGUUCCUAAUGCUGCAGAUCGGCUAGAUAUUCUCCAGAAACUGCUUCAAAGGGUACCCCAUUUGCUCACUGAAGUUGAACUGUUACAGCUGGCAAAUAGUGCUCAUGGAUACGUUGGAGCAGACUUGAAAGCCUUGUGUAAUGAAGCAGGUCUUUAUGCCUUAAGGAGAGUCCUGAAGAAACAACCUAAUCUCUCUGAUAGCAAGCUGGCUGGAUUGGUGAAGAUUACUCUAAAUGAUUUCUUACAGGGGAUGAAUGACAUCAGGCCCAGUGCCAUGAGGGAAGUAGCAAUUGAUGUACCAAAUGUAAGCCAUUUGUACUCCCAUGCUAGCUACACUGGGCCUGAAUUAAUGAAUAAAUAUGUUGGUGAAUCUGAAAGAGCAGUUAGAGAGAUCUUCCGAAAAGCGAGAGCAGUGGCCCCUUCCAUUAUUUUCUUUGAUGAACUUGAUGCCUUAGCAGUUGAAAGGGGCAGGUAAGAAAUAUUUAAAAUAUUGGCAAUUACAUUGUAAAGUAAGUAGCAUUUCAUACACAAAUUUUAUUUAUUAAUACAUUUAGCCUAAAUAAAGCAUUUUUAUAAUUCACAUAGUUUUUUUCUCUUACACCCAACUAUUUCAUGUUAUCACUUUAUAAUACUUUCAUAUACAUUUUUUUUAAAACCACUGAUAUCCAUUUGGGGCAUUUAAGUUAAUUUUUAUAGCUUAUUAUUUACAGA